GACCUCCCAGGGAUCGCUGCCAGUCCUCGAUCCCUGGAGCCGUGCCUGUCCCCGGAAAGUUUACAAAACCGUCACACAGAGUAUCAGCGACCUGCCGACCAUAAAUCCUUGACAUGGGGCAGAAGAUCCUACGAAAAGUGUGGGUCCUUCUGGCAUUGAUCCAAGGCACCCAGAUAAUCAUUUCCACCGGCCAGAUACCCACCAGUAGCGCUGGGCCAACCGAGCCACCCACCAGUAGCGCUGGGCCAACCGAGCCACCCACCAGUAGCGCUGGGCCAACCGAGCCACCCACCAGUAGCGCUGGGCCAACCGAGCCACCCACCAGUAGCGCUGGGCCAACCGAGCCACCCACCAGUAGCGCUGGGACAACCGAGCCACCCACCAGUAGCGCUGGGACAACCGAGCCACCCACCAGUAGCGCUGGGACAACCGAGCCACCCACCAGUAGCGUUGGGACAACCGAGCCACCCACCAGUAGCGCUGGGACAACCGAGCCACCCACCAGUAGCGCUGGGACAACCGAGCCACCCACCAGUAGCGCUGGGACAACCGAACCACCCACCAGUAGCGCUGGGACAACUGAGACACCCAACAACAGCGCUGGGCCAAUCAUCACUGGCUCUGAGACAACAACCAAGAAAGGUCCCAUCAGCAGCACCAAUCAAACUGCCCAGACAACGGCAACGCCCAAGACUCCCAGGACGACUGCACCGCCGACAUCCCAUGUGACUUCCCAGGUGACCUCCGGCACCACACAGAAAGCUCCGCAGGAUGUCUAUCUCACAUAUCACAUCGGAAACCGUGAAUAUGACAGCACCUUGUUGGAUCAAGACUCUACAUAUUUCAAGCAGAUAAACAGUUCUAUUGAGCAGAUGUAUUCGAGCAUCUAUAACUGUUCCACGUGUGCGCUCAGAAACCAAUACCGAGGAUACAACAUAAUUGGAUUCAGGCCGGGCUCUAUUAAAGUAUGGUCAGUCUUGUUUUUCCAGACACAAAAAUCCCCCGAUGAGCUGAAAGAUCAAGUACAGCAGAAUUUGGAAAAAGCCACUCCAGAGCAAAAGCAGGAUUUGGCAAUAAAUGAUGUCCAAGUAAAGUCCGACCCCAUUCCAAUUCCUGCCUCUGAAGCACCUGUUCCAGGCUGGGGCAUUGCCCUCCUCGUGUUGGUCUGCAUCCUUCUACUGCUAGCCAUCAUUGCCUACAUAAUCCUGUUAACCUACCGCCUUCGAAAAAGCUAUCGUGGCCAGCUUGACCUGCUCAACCACCGAGACUCCUACUAUGCUAUGACUGACCAUCCAACGUAUCGCACACACGGCCGAUACGUUGCUCCGAGCAGCAAACAAAAUCCUUACACUGAUGUACAUCCCAACAAUGGCUCCAGCCCCUUCUCGUACACCAACCCUGCAAUGGCCAAUGAAAGUUUUUAAGGCGUGCACUUCUUACAGCUGGACUCUGGGGAUGGGGGGGUGGGGGCAGGACGAAGCUGGCUGGGCCAGGCUGAUCCAAAGAGAAGCUGUUGAUGGGGGAAUUGCUGCACUCCAGUGGGAAAAGGCCUGCCUUGGAAAUAGCUCCGCCCGGGCUUCAAAACAGCCUUUUUUUCGACAAUGAGUAAAGAAUUGCAUCCAGGUGAACCCGUAUUUAAGUUACUCUCAGUUGGAAAAGCUGGUUUCUUUUUUGCACGCUACAGAUGCAUGAUUCAUAUUAAUAUUUCAAGGGCAGCCCAGCUAAUCAAAAGUGAUGAGGACUAGUAACUUAUUGGCCCGGUUGGCUUCAUCGCUCAGGUACUGGACUGCUAGACAGACGAAUCCACUGUGAUGAUUAUUUCUAAAGAUCAAAAAGGAAUCUCUGCAGCGCAGGAUGAUCUAAACAAGAAGAGGCAGAAGGGUGAAAAAUAACCUUGGAGUGACUUUUCUGGUUGCUGAAGUUCUAACAUUUGCGGGUUUGGGACAAUCUACCCCGUCUCUGCCACCAAAACAAACAUGGACUUCCAUGUAAACACUGAGUACAACCACCUUUCCCCCCAUUAACAAUGUUUAUUAAUGUUAAACCUAAAAAUAUAAAAUGUACAUAUACUGUGGUGGGAGGAGAUGUGGCAGACUUAGGAUCCUGAGACCGUGAGAAAACAUCAGAUUCUUGGAUCUGAACACAGCUCUCAAAACUACAAUGCGUGGAUCUUUUCUCCCCACAACUGCCCCACUGAGCAUGCACGAGCUGGAUCCUCUAGGAGCACAUCAUAUGGCAGAAAGCAACAGGAUCAUAGAGUUACGGAGAUCAAAUGGGUCUCCGGGAAUGCAGUGGCGUAUCUAAGGUAGGGCACUAUGGCACAUGGCUUGAGGGCAUCUCUUGAAGGUGGGCACCAUCACUGCCUGCAAACUCACCUGCCACAGCCAUGCCAACCAUGCGCCUCACCUCAGGGGUGCUCAGUCACUGGCAGCGCCACCCCCGCCCCACAUCAAGCCGAGCUUCGAGGAGAAGAUCCUGCCACCCUGAGCCAGCAGCAAGGCACAAAGCCAGCCAGCAGGAGGUCCAAACCCAGGCCGGGAACCCGAGGGGCCCACCAAUGCGCAGGCGCCAUUUUCCGUAGAUACGCCUCAGCAGGAACAUCGAAUGCAAGCUCCAUGCCUCUGCAUCCCCAGCAAAUGGCUGUCCUACCUCUGCUUCACCCGGCAGCAAAGAGCAGCUUGCUUGCCCACAGAAAAGCCAGACACGUUGCCCUUCCGCCAAUGAAGCAGAAGUUCCAGAAAAGUCCACGUCGGAUGCAUGAAGGAACUGAAUGGUGACAAAGUUAAUUUAAUGUAUGGGGAAGGAGGAUAGAAGCAAGCACUUCCUUCUUUGCAAACCAUCCUAAGCCCUGUUUACCCAUAAGGCUAAAACCUCCAGGGGACAUGGUGACAAUUAAGCAACAUUACCUAGCAGGGACAUAGGUAUGGAGGGGUUCAUGGGUUCAACCCCCCCCCCAUUACAUGUCUG